AUGGUGCUCGUCCCUCGUCUUCCAGGUUGGGCUGGCGCCGUCGUUACUCGACUGAUUUACGGCUUCCUUCAACGAACCGUUCUUCUCUGGAAUGCCGUGGUAUAUCGUGAACCCACCUGCGUUUACGACCGCACUCAUUUUUGGCAUGCGGAAGUCGUGCGCGUGCUGCGUCGCAUGCUCGAACUUUCAAACUAUCCACCUGAGAUGCGCGACCACUACAUCCGCGUCUACGAUGGGAGCAUAAUACCGCACCUCGGUCCCAUUCCCGAUGAGUUCGGGACUGUCUAUAAGCCGUGCUCCAUCAUGGUGGAUGAUAAUGGCCCGGCUGAGCUUGGUUGGGCGGUUGACUCAUUGGAGAAGAUGAUUGUUCGAUUCUAUGCUGAACCCCUAGUAUCCACUGUCAAUGGAUCGCCAGCGUCUCGCGAUACUUGGAUGCCCAUCCUUGACAACUUCGUUCAUGCCGGCGGCCAACCCGACCCAGACCUUGGCUGGGUGCAAAUCUGUAUCGAUGCUCUCACGUGCGAACCAUUACCCGCAUUCGGUGGAUCGAUCGGUACCCAGACGUCUCAAUUCAUUCUAGGUGCCGACCUGGACAAAACGGGCAUGACGGGGAAGGCGUACUUUUGGCCGACACUUAGGUCACGCAUGUCGGGAACGUCAAAUAUACAAACCAUCAACGCUUGCAUGGAGCGACUCGGCCUCGUGUCUCAGUGGUCGACUGUCACCUCUUACCUGGCCACUCUUCCUGCAUCCCAUUCCGCAACUCCUGAGGUAGUUGCAGUGAGCACUGUCCGACCAGAGCACAAUGGCAUUAAGGCCUACAUCCGGACAUGCGCCAACACUCUUGCAGAUCUUAUUCCGUAUAUGACUCUCGGUGGCAACCCUACUUUAGUCAAUCACGACGGGGUACGGAGUGCUGUUGAUUCUGUUCGGCUAUUGUGGCGGCUGCUGUUCAAUGUCGAUGAACAUACUGCCGUUCAUUUGCAUCGCCCCAACUUCUGGGCCAGUGGUAUUCUGGUAUAUUACGAUCUGGCACCCGGUCGUGCCUAUCCGUUGCCCAAAUUGUUCAUCGAUGUGAGGCACCGCUGCCAGACCGAUGUGCAGAUCGCGCGUGCUGUAAAAUUGUAUUUUGAGGAGACCGGCAAUGAUGGAAUUGCCAGCUGGUACGAGGCUGAACUGAGCUCAAUGUUCUGUCAUCGUGAACUCGCCCAGCGUACCGGUGUUCACACUUGGGUCGGCGUCGGCGUCAAGAAAUCGGGUCCUCGUAUUACUCUUUAUUAUAGCCCCGAGGUGUUCUCUCCGCGAUCGCAGUCCAUCGCCAGGAUCGCUGUGCAGAAAGACAAGCAGGGGUGA